AUGGUUGUUCUGUUUUUAUUUAUUGUCAACCUUUAUGCUUCAAGUUGCCAAAGCCCUAUUACAAUUCAAGAAAAUUUUGAUGACGUAAUUGAUUUAAGUUACAAAGGAGAAACCAAUAAAUGGAGUUGUCAACAAGUUGACUCUGAGGUACAUGAAGAUAAGUCAGUAACAUUUCAAUACACACCUUCUUCUGAUAAAAUGAUUGAAGUAUCUACAUGUUAUGCACAAACAGAUUUUGCAACAAGAAUUAUUAUUGGAAGUUCUUGUAUUGAUGGUGUAACUUCUUCUUGUGUUGGGGCUAAUGACGGAGACCCUAAUGGACUUUGUGAUGGACAUAGAUCUAAAUUAAUAGUAAGUGUAAAAGCAUCACAAAGUUAUUUUAUUAUUGUUUCAGGAGUAACUAGCCAUGACAUUGGAUCAUUUAGACUAACUGUGAAAGAAUACAUUAAUCCCAGUAGUACCAUGUGUUCUAAUGCAUUACAAAUUAAUAGUUUCCCACAAACUAUUGACGCAACUAUUUUAUCUAGUUUAACUUAUAGUGGAAAUUAUCAUGGACUUUUGAGAGGUAUGUGGUUUAAAUUUACUGCUACACAAAGUACUCAUGUUAUUGAUACAUGUAAUAAAAAUACUCAAUACCCAACAACGAUUUAUCUUUAUAAAAAAGUAACUACUUCAAAUGGUUGUAUGGGUGAUGCACCAAUUGCAGAAGCUACAGAAGGGUGUGGCUCAUUAGCACGUUUAUACUAUGAUAAAUUUAUUGUUGGAGAGGAAUAUUAUGUAUUUGUACAUUUUACUGGAGACACCUCAAAAUCACCUGUUUCUGGAUCAUUUGAAGUUACAUUCAGAACAAACGGUGGAGAUAACUACAAAUGUACUAAUGCAUUUUCUAUUUCUAAAAAACCAUUUAAUAUAAUUAUGGAUAUGUCUGGAUAUACUAAAAGUACCUCACCUUGUUCUCUUAAUACUCAACAAACUGGAAUGUACUUUAGUGUUAGAGGAGAUGGUAGAAGAUAUGCUAUUCAUACUUGUUUCACUCAAAGUUCAGGAUCUGAUCAUACAUCACUUGAACUUUAUUCAAACGGAUGUGAUAAUUGUGCUGAAGUUAGUUCUAACACAUGUGGUAAUGAUGCAUUAAUUAAUGUAUUCCUUGAAGCAAAUCAAUUGUAUAGAUUUAGAGUAGUUUGUAGUAAUCCACAAUGCAAAGUCAAUGUCGGAGUAAUGCAAAUUGAUUUUAAAGAUAAUUAUCUCUGUGAACAUGCUAGAUUUUUAAAUAUAACAACAGAAGGAGAUCAAUUCACCCAAUACCUUAUUGGAAGUAACCAAGAAAGUUAUACUAUAUUUGAUUGUAAAGAUAAUAAAAAGAAUCUUAAAGGAGGAUGGUAUGAGUUAAAAGCUGAAAAAGAAGAUAUGAGUAUUAUGCAUGGAGUUUAUACCUUUAAACCAGAACAAUAUACUGGAUAUCUCGCUACUCUAAAAGGAUGUUCAGAAUGUAUUAAAUCUACAUUUGAUUUAUAUGCUACUUCUGUUGAAACAAUUAAAAAGGGAGAAAGUUUGUUUGUAUUUGCUACAACUAUUCUUCGAGAAGGAAGUGGUAAUGAAUUUGGUACUUUUAUUAAAUAUGCACUUGUUGGUAUUAAUCCAGAUGUUUCAGUAGAAAAAACAGUUACUAGAGUUAAUAUUUAUGAAAAUAUUGCUGAAGAAAGUUCUAAAUGUAGUAAUGCUGAAACAAUUACUAUUCCAAGUAUUCAUUAUUCAUAUACAGAAAAGGCUCAUUCAUCAAGAAGUAAGUGUGGAGUUAUUGCUGAUGGAUUAAAAGGAAAAUGGUUUGUAUAUACUCCAAAAGAUACAGAAAAAGUAUCAAUACAAACUGAUGAUGUUACUACUUUUAAUACUCAAAUUGGUGUUUAUACUUCUUGCGAAAUGCUUACUGAUUUAUCUGUACCAGGUGAUUGUUAUAAAGGGACUAACUUUUAUAAAUCACCAGUAGGACAACAUGGUACUAUUUUAACUACUAGAUUAGAAAAAGGACAAACGUAUUAUAUUUUUGUUGGAGGGGCUACAUACAGUGAUAGUGGUAUGAUGAGAGUUAAAUUUGAUUAUUAUGAAGGUGAAUUGGAUAAUGAAGAAGAUGGAUUAAGUGGAGGUGAAAUAUUUGGAAUUAUUGUUGCUGUCCUUUUCUUAGUUGUUAUAUUACUUGUUGUUGGAUUAUUUGUUGGAUAUAUUGGAUAUAAGAAAUAUCAAAAUAAACACAAUAAAUCAUCAUUUGGAACUUUCUAA